AUGACGCCCAAGACUUUCUUGUUCCUCGUCCUCUGUGCUCUCUUGUCUGUGUGUGCUUCUGCUGCUGCUGCUCCUGUGAUUCCAGCAGAGCCUUCAGGUGCUAAAGCUGGAGCUGCCUCGCUUCGAGGUUCCUUGACUGAGUGGGAAAAAGUCAAGCGGCGUUUGGUUUGUACUGAUCCUGGGUGCGAAACUGAUGCAGGUGUAGCGCCCACACCGGGUCCGGCGUCCAACUAUGCCACUCCCACUGGACCUGACGAGGAAGGAUACGAUCCUCAGUUUGUAGAAUUCCAAGGUUCCAUUUCCUCGGGAAUUUCUCAGCAAUCCAUGACACACUACCUCUUGGCACCUCUCAGGUUGUUGUGUUUGGGAAUUGCGCCACAGCUCUGUCAAAAUGAAGUCUUGUUGGACCAACAGGGAUCGCCACACUACAUCCAGUUCAUGCUUGAUUUGGCCAAUCAUGCCAGGGUACACUUCUCAGCUACAGCACAAGCCUUCAUGAUGAUGAUCUUUGUCAUUGGAUUGGCACCCUUUGCGCUGACAGAGGCAAUGGUUGGGCCUGCUCUGGCUCCUUGGCUCUUGGCAUUGAUGGGAUUUGCAAUCUUUUACAAGCACAAGCAAAACCAAGCCAAGGCAAAGACUGCCUGA